GGCCUGAAUCGAAACACUGCGGGCUUUAGGACCCGUGCGCGCGUUGCUCCGGUCAUCCAUGGCUUUGUAUGUUUACAGUGAGAAUUGUAUGGCAGGAAUUUUCUAACAUCAAAUAUUUAAACAUCAUUUGCAUCGAUACAAAAGUCCCAAUGGAUACAGAGAUCCUGUGACACAGUCAUUUGGAUGGAGUCCUCGCGGAGCACAGGGGGUCACUCCCGCGAGUACAAGCUGGUGAUGUUAGGAGAGGGGGGUGUGGGCAAAAGUGCCAUCAUUAUGCAGUUUAUAAGUCACAGAUUUCCAGAGGAUCAUGACCCCACUAUUGAGGAUGCCUAUAAAACACAGAUCCGCAUAGAUGAUGAGCCAGCAAACCUUGACAUCUUGGACACAGCAGGACAGGCGGAGUUCACAGCCAUGCGUGAUCAGUACAUGCGAGCGGGUGAAGGUUUCAUCAUCUCAUACUCUAUUACGGACCGCCGCAGUUUCCAGGAGGCUCGCCACUUCAAGCAGCUGAUCUACCGCGUACGCCGCACCGUUGAGACCCCCGUCGUACUGGUGGGAAACAAGUCUGACCUGGCCCAUCUCAGACAGGUGUCCGUAGAGGAGGGCAAACAGCUGGCGAGGGAGUUCCAGUGCCCGUUUUUUGAGACCUCCGCUGCGUUCCGUUAUUACAUCGACGAGGUGUUUGCUGCACUGGUGCGUCAGAUCCGCCAACGCGAGGCCGAGUUGGUGCGGGGCAGCGAGAGGAAAACCCGACGCAGCCAUUCCUUCUGGAGUCGCCUUAAAGCCCCCUUCCAUAGGAAACAGCAGUCUGAGCACUGAGAAAGGCACACAGAGAAGAAGGGCACGGUUCUCUCACCUGCAGCUGUAUUAGUCCCAUCUCCCUAAGAUGGUUUGAGACUGUAUUUAUAGUUUCUGUCUGAUUGUUUGCAAAGAUACACUCCCAAUCAUUUCAGUUAGACUAAAUCCUCACUGUGCAGGACACACUUGCAGUCGUCAUUUGGGACGUGGGCUAAUGUUUGAGAUUCAGAAAGAAAUAUUAAACUUGACAGUAGUUAUUAUUUUUUCAUUUAUGGACAGCAUUAUACUUUGUGAAGGUGAAUGUCAGGGUGAAUGUACCUCAUAUUUGAACUGAUGGGGACGUAGAAGGAUUUACUAUAUGUGUUUUUUGAAGUGAAGAGUUGGAGAUUAGCUUGUUGGAAAAAAAAAAAUGAAGGUCAAAUGAGGUUAUAAGAGAGCAGAGAGCAUGUUGUGCAGAGUAGAAAGAAGGAAAAGAAACAAAUGUGUUGCAGGAUGGGCAAAUAGCCAAGGGUUUAUGGUAGAAAUAUUAAUCUGCCAGUAUAAUGAGUACUGUAAACCAUUCCUUUUGUUAGACACAUUUUAAAAACCCUUGCUGUAGCUGAUUCCCAACUCUGUUCUUUAGCGUCUUUUCAAAAACUUGGUGAAUAACAUGUCCGGGUCACAUUUCACCAUUAAUAAAUAACAUGGGAUGCAUUGUAAAAUAUUUUCAUUAUAACUGGAAGCACAUUUCCCUCCUCCCAAAUACUCAUAAACAUAAUGGGAUGUUUUACUUUUGAGUUUUAAUUCUCAUUAUUCACACAUUUUCAUUAGAUUCUCAUUACUGUAAUAUAGUAGUAUUUUGCAUUUUAAAUAAUAUAUUUUUUAAUUACACCGUAAUGAGAAUUGUUAUGGCAAUGCAAAUGUAACAGUGGGGUUGCUUUAAAAGUAAUGCAAAAAAUGCUCCAAAAUGCACUCUGAAAUCAAAGUAGUUUAUUAUAUCAUAUAAUUUUAAAAUGUGACUUGGACAUGUGAGAUUCAAUCAUUUGGGAUGUGUUUGAUGGUAACUGAGCUGUAUGAACUAGUUGCAAAAUACACUGUAUGAAUGAUUUUUAUUUUUUAAAUCUUGCUGAGCAAUAUUCAGGUCCACCUUUAAGCACAUUAACAGACUGACCAACUUGAUUAUGAUGGAAAACAAAAUUGUUUCCUUUUUUACACAGGGUUAUUUUUAUUCCAGUGGUUUCUGUAGUUGGUGUGUAGGAAUUGAAAUACUUUAAUGUGGCUUAUAAUGUGGAUUUCCUCUUACACAUGCUGUGCACUUACUGCACAUCAAAUUUAAAUAGAAUGCCUCAUUUUGGCAUUUCGUGCAAAUGCAUGUCAUUGUUUUUCUUGUGAUUAUUAGAUUUUUUAUUUUUAAGCAGAAU